CACCCGUGGGAAGCCGUGACAACAGCUGCCAUGCAGAAGUACCCCAACCCCAUGAACCCGAGAGUGGUGGGCAUGGACGUGCUGGCCCGGCACGUGGACUCCUCAAGGAAGCUGCACAGCCACCGGCUCCUCAGCACCGAGUGGGGACUGCCUUCCAUUGUGAAGUCUCUGAUCGGUGCAGCAAGAACGAAGAUGUACUUGCACGAACAUUCCGUAGUUGACCCUGUGGAGAAAACGAUGGAGCUCAAGUCCACCAAUAUUUCAUUUACAAACAUGGUUUCCAUAGACGAGAGACUCGUAUACAAACCACAUCCUCAGGACCCAGACAAAACCAUUUUGACUCAAGAAGCCAUAAUCACUGCGAAGGUGGUGAGCCACAGCAGUUACCUGGAGGGGCUUAUGCCUAGCACCAUCUCCUCCAAUGCUAACAAGGGCUGAGAAGCCAUGGAGUGGGUAAUACACAAGCUAAAUGCCGAGAUCGAAGAGUUGGCCGCCUCGGCGAGAGGAAGCGUGAGGACCCCAAUGGCAGCAGUGGCCUUCUCGGAGAAAUGACAGCAAGCCUCUCCCAUGGCGUCGCGGCCCGAGGCUCUCCAAGAUGGCCGCAUAUUUAUUUGUUAUUUAAAAAACAACUAUUUUAGGCAGAACUUUUUUCAAUGAGCUGGACGGAGUAAAGGCUGUGUGACCUGAUCCAAAGAAACGCAGGGCUUCUAAAUGACAGGAGAUCACUGAGGUGAGGUGACUUGAAAUGACGGCCUUGAUUUUGAGGGUUCCAGAAUUUAGGGGGAGAUGUAAGUCUUUCUGUUUGAGUGUCUGGUCUUGACACUUGGACUCAUCUUAAAGAGAUUCUACAGGUUUUCAGACAUCGGAUCUCAUCCCGGCACCAGACCGAGCCCAGAGCAGAGCCUUGCCGUCCGGAGAUGCCCAUAGCCUCCCGCGC